AUGUCUCUGCCUAGUUGGUGUCCUAAAUAUGACAACAGAAAGUAUGAUUCAAAGACCGGAGAAGAGGUCUAUUGUAUAUGCAAGAAACCAGAUUCUGGAGAACUGAUGGUAGGAUGCGAUGGAUGUGAUGACUGGUUUCACUUCUCAUGCUUAAAGAUACCUGAGAAAUAUAGAGAUCUGGUAUUCUCCUUUUAUUGCCCUUACUGUGCAGCAGGAAUAACAGGACCUGCUCUUACUAAUGGCGGAAAGUUACCGAAGACAGUAUGGAAGAGGAAAUGUAGGCUUCCGGACUGUUACCGUGAAUGUGAUUCCACUACUAAGAGUAAAUAUUGUUCAAGGGAACAUGGGUUACAAUAUAUGAGAGAAGCAGCGGAUAAAUUGUACCUGCCUGGUUUGAAUAAGAUUGGGCUAUUAAGACAGUUAUUACGCGAGACCAAAUCAUUAGAAGAAUUCAAAAGUAUGGGACGCGGUAGGCUCCCCGAAGUAAAUUUGCCUUUGUCAAAAGAAAAAUACGAUAGAAUAGUACAGGAGGAUCAGCAUUUACAACAAUUAAUAGAUGAGCGCGAUCAAUUAAUAUCACAGAAGUUUCCUAAAUUGAAUGACGAGGAAAUACAGGUGAAUACGUAUAUAGAGUGGGUAAACGAGAUAAAUGAACGUCUAUCCCCCCAAUCCAGUAAUCAAGCUACAUCCAAUCGGAAAAAGUCAAAAGCAUCUACUAAGGUGACUAUAUGUGGAUACCAUGAUGAGUACUCGAUACCUUGUACAGCAAACGAAUUCACGGAUAGAAUAAUAGAACUACGAAAGGCAGAAAACACUGAUGUGACCAGCAUUGACGGUGUAUGUUUGAAAACUAAAUGCGGAAAGCACCAAGACUGGAUUUUAUUGAAACAAGAUGAAUUGUCUCAACAGAAAAAUUCCUUAGAAAACAUCAAAAGGAGACUUCAAUUAUUGAUUAAUAUUAGAACAAAUCAAUUAGGUAUAUUAUUUUUCGAGAAUCAGAAUCGGGCGCUGUCUAAUAGUGGUCAAGAUACAAUUGCAAAUCAAAACCCACCUGACGUACUUUCUAACCAGCCAGAUGGUGUAAAGAGCUAG